GUGACGGGAACGGCGGGUUGCGCGCGCAGCACCUCCGUCGCCUCCCGAUCCAGCGUCUCCGUUGCCAGGAAAACAGAGCGGCGCGCUUUCCGGCGCAGUCGCGGCGCGUCGCAGCUGUCAUGGCGGAGACCGUCUGGAGCACUGACACCGGGGAGGCAGUGUAUCGCUCCCGGGACCCCGUGCGCAACUUGCGCCUCCGAGUCCACCUGCAAAGAAUCACAUCAAGCAACUUUCUUCAUUAUCAGCCUGCUGCCGAGCUCCGGAAGGACCUCAUAGACUUGGCCACUUUUAGGCCUCAGCCAACUGCCAGUGGACACCGCCCAGAGGAAGACGAAGAGGAGGAGAUUGUGAUUGGGUGGCAGGAGAAGCUCUUUAGCCAGUUUGAAGUAGAUCUGUACCAAAAUGAAACAGCCUGUCAGAGUCCUUUGGAUUAUCAGUACCGUCAGGAGAUCCUGAAGCUGGAGAAUUCGGGUGGCAAGAAAAACCGACGAAUCUUUACUUACACUGACUCUGAUAGAUACACCAAUUUGGAGGAGCACUGUCAGAGAAUGACCACUGCAGCCAGCGAGGUGCCUUCAUUCUUGGUCGAGCGAAUGGCAAAUGUCAGGCGUCGCCGGCAGGACAGGCGAGGGAUGGAGGGCGGCAUCCUCAAGUCACGCAUCGUCACCUGGGAGCCCUCAGAAGAGUUCGUCAGGAACAACCACGUCAUUAACACCCCUCUUCAGACAAUGCACAUCAUGGCAGACCUGGGCCCCUAUAAAAAGCUUGGCUAUAAGAAGUAUGAACAUGUCCUGUGUACUCUGAAGGUGGAUAGCAAUGGUGUGAUCACAGUAAAGCCUGACUUCACGGGCCUCAAAGGACCCUACAGGAUUGAGACGGAGGGGGAGAAGCAGGAGCUGUGGAAAUAUACGAUCGACAAUGUUUCCCCCCACGCACAGCCGGAGGAGGAGGAGCGGGAACGGCGAGUGUUCAAGGAUCUUUAUGGCCGGCACAAGGAGUAUCUCAGCAGCCUCGUAGGCACCGACUUUGAGAUGACUGUCCCAGGUGCCCUCCGGCUCUUUGUAAAUGGAGAGGUCGUUUCAGCCCAAGGCUAUGAGUAUGACAAUCUCUACGUCCACUUCUUUGUAGAAUUGCCAACUGCUCACUGGUCAAGCCCAGCAUUCCAGCAGCUCUCAGGAGUAACACAGACCUGCACUACCAAGUCCCUGGGAAUGGACAAGGUGGCUCACUUCUCCUACCCAUUCACGUUUGAAGCCUUCUUCCUCCAUGAGGAUGAAUCUUCUGAUGCACUCCCGGAGUGGCCUGUGCUCUACUGUGAGGUCCUCUCGCUGGACUUCUGGCAGAGGUACCGUGUGGAAGGCUAUGGGGCUGUGGUGCUGCCUGCCACUCCAGGCUCACACACCCUGACAGUCUCCACGUGGAGACCUGUGGAGCUUGGCACGGUGGCUGAGCUGAGAAGGUUUUUCAUUGGCGGUUCUCUGGAACUGGAGGACCUCUCCUACGUGCGGAUACCAGGAUCCUUUAAGGGGGAACGCCUGAGCCGCUUUGGACUCCGCACAGAGACCACAGGCACUGUCACCUUCCGCUUGCACUGUCUGCAGCAGUCCAGGGCCUUCAUGGAAUCGAGCUCCCUUCGGAAAAGGAUGCGGAGUGUGUUGGACCGUCUGGAAGGGUUCAGCCAGCAGAGUUCCAUUCACAAUGUGCUAGAGGCCUUCCGUCGAGCCCGGCGCCGCAUGCAGGAGGCCCGGGAAAGCCUCCCGCAGGACCUAGUGAGCCCCUCUGGAACCCUGGUCUCCUAGCUCACAGCAGCCCUGGCCCACAGUGCAAGAGGACAAGAUGGGGAAUAUCUGAGGCCAGUGCUCUCCUGCCUCUUUGUCUUUCUGAUUAGAGACCACGUUGGUCUGCUGAGAACCAGAAGAGCUGGGAAAUUCCCGGCUGGCCCCUCUGCCUAGCCUUCUGCAGGGUCUUCUCCCUACCCUGUGGAAAUAAAGCCAGAGACCCUGUGGCCCCCCCUUUAUAUUUGCAGCCACUGUCAAUGGGCAUCACAGCAAGGCAGGCUUUUUGAUCUGAAGCUGUUUGGGGUGACCCCAUAGUGAGUCUGGCCUUGACUCACUUUUCUGGCUUGUCUCACAGUAGCAGGCGGAUGCAGGGAUCUGCUGUUCUCCACCCUUUAAAAAUGGAGCCUUUCGUCUUCCAAGACCAAAGAAAGAAGGAAGGUAGACGGUGAGAGGGUCUUAAAUCCCCAGCCUGUGAGUCUCAGCCUCUUUCCAGGGAAGCCUCAUUCUACUGCUUGGGGCUUGCUGAGGUUGAGAUAUGAGUUAUUUCUGAGUAAGUGAAGGCUGAAGGCAGUGCUGAGUCCUUUCUGCUAGCUGGGUGGUAUCUUUUACUGUGUUUUUUUGUUUGUUUGUUUGUUUGUUUUUUGUUACAUAAACCCCUUUUAUUUUGA